UUUGUAAAACAAAGAGAACAUAUUCUAUACGAAAUUUAUUUCUAACCAAGCGGCCGAAAAUACACAUGACAGCUAACUGAGCUUCUUGUCAAUUCGUGUCUGAAAUGGCUGUAACAAGAUCUCAAAAGAAUGGAGAUGUCUCCAGUAGCGAGCAACCAAGGGAGACAACUGAUGGUACAGAUAAAUCAGGGGACAGCACUCUGUCUGCUAGUGAGAAGAAAGUGCUAAGAACUGUAUUCAUAUCACUGGUUAUAGAUUUACUGGCAUUUACUGUGAUACUCCCUUUACUGCCGUCACUGUUAGACUACUAUGGAACUAAAGAGGAUGGUCUAUAUAAAAGUUUGAAAGAUUCAGUGAGCAGUUUUAGAGAGCUGGUAGGGGCACCAGACACCCCAAGAUGGAAUUCUGUGUUAUUUGGAGGUUUGAUAGGGUCCAUGUUUUCACUGCUGCAGUUUAUAGCUUCACCUGUGAUAGGCGCUACAUCAGAUGUUUAUGGUAGAAAACCUGUUCUUGUUCUCUCCAUGGUAGGUGUUGCAUUUUCCUAUGCUUUGUGGGCGGUCUCGAGGAAUUUUGGUUUAUUUGUGAUAGCUAGAUUUGUUGGAGGAAUAAGUAAAGGAAAUAUAAGUCUGAGUACAACAAUAGUAGCUGAUAUUCUACCAGCACAGAGACGUGGAAAAGGCAUGGCUCUGAUAGGAGUGGCGUUUUCUAUAGGUUUUGUGUUUGGUCCACUGAUUGGUGCUAUAUUUUCCCGCUGGGCUCGGGAGCAACAAGGCGAGUUUUACGUGUAUCCAGCAUUAUUUGCCCUUGUCUUGUCUGUGAUAGAUGUCAUAUAUAUAGCUGUCUUAUUCAAGGAAACAUUACCUCAAACUAAAAGGGCCAAGUCUAUAUCAUCUGGCUGGAAGAAUACUUCAUACCUCAUCAACCCAGUGUCAUUAUUUAAAUUUUCAUCUGUUACAAAUAUGUCUACAAAAGAUAUGUCAGAUAUAAGGAAGUAUGGGGUUGUGUAUUUUCUCUACCUGUUUUUCUACUCUGGUUUGGAGUUCACCUUGACCUUCCUGACCCAUAACAGGCUAAAUUAUGACAGUAUGCAGCAAGGAAAGAUGUUUUUCUUUAUUGGAUUUAUAAUGGCUGCUGUACAAGGUGGUUAUACUCGUAGAGCAUCUGCUGGGAAGGAAGUUAAGAUGGCAGCACAGGGUAUUCUCAUCCUCGUACCAUCAUUUAUAAUCAUGGCAUUUGCUUACUCUGCUGUCUGGAUAUAUUUAUCACUAGCUCUUUUCUCAUUUGCAUCAGCUACUGUUGUACCAUGUUUGACCACUAUGAUAUCACUAUAUGGAGGUAAUGACCAGAAGGGCACUAUAAUGGGUAUAUUUAGAUCAUUAGGUGCCCUAGCUAGAGCACUAGGUCCAGUUUUUGCAUCAACAAUGUACUGGAGUUGUGGAGCUACCGUGUGUUAUAUAACAGGUGGAGUUUUCCUCUGCCUGCCCUACCUUCUUCUCAAACGUAUCUCUGUAGAUCAUGUGAAAAAACAAUAGAUGUAUGGAUACCAUACCUUUACAGAGUUUAUUUUAUUUUUUAUCUGUUAUAGAUUUUUGAAGUUUUGUUGUAGAAUAUUUUUGUACAUGUUAUAUGGCUGGUUACCAAUUGUCAGAAUGAUAUAUUAGAAAUUAUAGAAAUGAUUCACUCAUAUGUUCAUGUUCAAAACACAGCAUUUCAUUGCUAAAAAUGUCCAUUUAAGCUUUAACAUAUAGUCAAGGAAAACAGCAUAAUCUUUUUAUCCCAAAGUAGUUUUGUUAACAUUACAUUUUUGAAUUUUUAAUAGAUGUUUGCAUGAAAUGCUGGCAUAAAGUAUAUAUGUAUUCAUUGAUCUAGAAGGACAUUGGUUAUUUUCAUUGAUAGAAAUAAGAUAUAGAUCAUAGCAGAUAUGUCAUUACUUUAAAACUUUAGAUAUUACAUCAGCUGCAGGCAUCUGAUGUUACGAGAAAAUGUCAAACUAAUUUUUGUAUGCAACCCUUUAUUUUGCUUAUGUAUGUUAUGCAGUUACGCUUCUUAUUGAUGAAUUAACAGGUCAAUAUGAUGAAUUAGCUUUUAUAUGUAGGAAAGAUAUGUGAGAAACUUAGUUUUACCACAAGAAGAACAUAUACAUUGAUGUUUGGAGUGUUUCUAAUGUGUAUUCAUAUUUCUAUGCUUAUAUGCUGUUUUAACUUUAGAGAAUAGUAUUUUCAAUGUCUUCCACCCUUCUGGUAAAUGGGAGCAUAUUUU